UUCCGCAGUGAUUCCCUCAUUGACUGCUGCUCUGCCUCAAUCACUGAUUCACUCACUGACCGGGGAAUAAGAAGAGCAAGAACCGAGAGGAUUUACAAAACUUUAUCGUUAUUAUUCCCACUCGUGUUUCUUUUUGAUAGUCUGCCGGCUUGAUUCAUCCGCAUCAUGAAGGAAAGAAGACUCGCGCAGCCGUUUGUAGCGAGGUGUAAACUCGUGCUGGUCGGGGACGUCCAAUGCGGUAAAACAGCGAUGUUACAGGUUUUGGCCAAGGACUGCUAUCCAGAGACUUAUGUCCCCACUGUGUUUGAGAACUACACGGCCUGUCUGGAGCUUGAAGACCAGCGUGUGGAGCUCAGCCUUUGGGACACAUCAGGUUCUCCAUACUACGACAACGUCAGACCCCUCUGCUACAGCGACUCAGAUGCAGUGCUCUUAUGCUUUGACAUCAGCCGACCAGACACAGUAGACAGUGCGCUGAAGAAGUGGAAAGCAGAGAUCCAGGACUUCUGUCCCAGCACCCGGAUCCUGCUAAUAGGCUGCAAGACGGACCUGCGCACAGACGUGUGCACUCGCAUGGAGCUGUCCAAUCAGAAGCAGGCUCCCAUCUCUCACGAACAGGGUUCGUCCUUGGCCAAGCAGCUCGGAGCAGAGGCUUACCUGGAGUGCUCGGCCUUCACAUCAGAGAAGAGCAUCCACAGUGUUUUCCGUACCGCGGCUCUGGCCUGCAUGAACAAACUCCAGCCCGCCAAUAAACCCAGCCCCGUCCGCCGCCUCUCCAAGAGACUCCUGCACCUGCCCAGCAAGUCGGAGCUGCUCUCCUCCACCUUCAGCAAGGACAAGUCCAAGAGCUGCUCCAUCAUGUGAAUACUGCUGAGAUCAUGCCGGGGAAUGGGGCGGGGCAAGGACAAGCAGGUGGUUCAGCAUGGGGCCCAAGGGUAUGCAAGGGAAAGAGAGCAACGGUUUCUACAGAGCAUCUCUCUCCUUUGCAGCAUCCUCCCCAAACUCCCCGACAACUACUUCAAAAAGAAAAAAAAAAGUUUGCUACACUCUCUAUAUUCAACUCUGACACUGGACUUUUUGAUCAUGACAUAUCACCAGCACACAGUGCAGAGACAGAGUGGGAAACUGAUCUACUAAAUACAACCUGUGCAAAGAGAGCAGUUAGAUUCCUCACAUGAGAGCUUAAAUAAGAUCAGUGCCUCCUCUUUUCCAAGUGGUUGUAAACACUGCUUUUGACUGCAUUACCCUGAUGGGAGUCAUUUGAAAUUCUGAUCGCGGUGCCCUUUCCCAUCCAUCUCUUUUUUCUGAAUGUCUCUUUAAGGUCACACUGGGCUGAAUGACGAGAUGAAAAGUAAAAUCUGACAGUUAUAGGAAGUGGUUUCUAUAGAAAUGCGGCACGGGGAAUUUAAAACCGCAGUCCUUGAAGAAAUUACCCCCACCCUCUCGACCCCUCACGGUAUUUCGAAUUAGAGCUGACAGUGGAGAAAAAAAGGGGGAGAGAAGGGAGGGAUUUGGCAAAGCAGAGUGUUCAUUUGUAAAGGCAGUCAGGGGACAAACUGAGAGCACGUCUGAAGGAGCGCAGUGUGACUCAGCACUCACACGAGCUACCAAACAGUCCAGGGGUGGACAUGCUGUGACAAAGCAAACACAACAUACUGGGCCAUGUAAAGACCAUCUAAGCAUGUUUUUCUCAGAUCCCCUUAUUCAUUACCCAUCACCUCAGCAGUCUUAUUUGUUCAAUGGUAGUAAUCAUAAGGCUUUAUUUUAGGGAUGGUACAUUAACGAUGCCUCAUCUCACUGUUCCCUGGUACUUUAAGAGCUGCCAGCUUUUGUUCUGGCGAAAAAAGUAAUUUUCUUUUCUUGGUCUUUAAAAGAUAAACCAUAAAAAGAUUUUCGUUUUAGACAAGCAAAACUGUUUUUAUACCAAAAGGAGUCUUAGAAAUCUUUUUUAACGAUCCGGUGCCUCAUGGAUGUAAAAAAAAAAGUCCUAAAAUUUGAACUUUGGACUAUAAACGUGUAAUAGAUUGAUGCAGGAUGACGUGUUUUCGCCACAGUUCCCUCGACAAUGGCUUUUGUGGGGGGGGGGGGGGGGGGGUUGUUGCAGAAAAUAAGCUCUGUGGCAAACAAAAGUUUUGUUCAGCAAGCUGAUCUUUACAAAUUAUCACCACUUGUUUGAUUUUAGAAGUGUAAAUGCAACCAUCAGAAUUAAAACGUUUUACUCUACACCACGGUCACAUGACGUCACAACCAGCUUCCAACUUGUAAUUUUACUUUGCUUACCUCUUCCACAAAAGUGACCGGAUCUAGCUAGUGGAAAUCUAAAUCAAGAAGUUGAAAAAUUUGACUGAGAAUAGUUUGUGUUUUAAGAGGAUAAGCACAACGAGCUGGCUGUAUUGGUUGACUAGCGAGUAAAUGAGUUUCCGUGUUCGGCCUGAUGGCGUUUAAUGGUCCAGAUAACCUCUCUAGUCUCAUAUAGCCAUGCCCUUUUUAAUUCAAAAUUUUGGGACGAUGUACAAAAUUUAUUUAAGCUUGUGUUGUCCACAGACCUCUUUUCAGAUAUCUAACCAAAAACCCAUUAAAAAACAGACAAAUCAUUGACUUCAAGAUGAGGGAACCGGAAGGGUGAAACUCAUUUCCGUGUUUUAGGACUCAUUCCUGCAGCACUCUAUGUGGACAAGCUCAGGUGCUGAAUAUCGUUAACAGUUAUCCAAGAUGCACCUGCUGCCAUUUCCAGCCUGGAUAGCUGCAUUAACACUAAAUGUCCCUGAGAUGAUGGGUAGGAAGGUUGAAUUGAGUCACACAAACAGGCUGGUCCUGUCUGGAGAAAGAGUUUCCCCCCCACCCCCUUUCCCCUUCAUGCUUUAAAAAAAUCAAAUUUUUCAACUUCCCUAAAAGCAUCUCGACUUUUUCCAUUUAUGAAAUAACUUUUUCUUCUGGGUAUUUUUACUUGCUUGUAGCUUGUCUGUGGUGUUUGUUUGUUUGUUGAUGUUGUAUUCACUUGAGUCUUCUGGCAUUAGCCUCUGUUGACAGCUCAGCUAAUGGAGGACUUGAUGAUUUGUAGGUCUGCACCGAGAGAAGCCCGGAGUUCUCUGGAUGUAAAGAACACUGGAAUUUUACGUGUUGCCUGGCAACCUGAGUAAGCAGGGGCGGGGGGGG